GGCAACUGCUAUUUUAUAUAUAAAGGUUAGCCAUGUUUGGUGUUUGGUGCCUUAUUGUGUAUCCUUAUUCAUAGGAAUUACUUUUUCUUAGUUAUAAAGAUAAAGAACCAAUAUUGAACUAAACUGCUAAGUUGACAUGAACGCUGCUAGAAAAUAUCCACAUUGAUGCAACACAUUCCAACUGCUUGGCGAGAUUCGUGAACCAUGCCCAUCCCGGUGUGCCAAUUGUAAAAUGGUGUUACUGGUUCGUGACAAAGUGCGGUAUCUAGGCUUGAAGUCUCUAAAACUCAUAAAGACUAAUGAAGAGCUUAGAUACAAUUAUGGUGACAAAUGCAUGUUGUCUUUGAGAAAGCAGCUAAAAAAGAUCUCCCAUGCAAGUAUUCUGAAACUGAAGGAAGGGCAAAAAACUGUAAUUGAGGUAGAAGGUGAGCACACUUACAAUGAGAAGUAUAACCUUUCAUCAAUAAACGUGCAUUGUGACACAAUUAUUUUUAUAGUAUUAAAAGAGCCUUACAUGAUUAUCAGAGAUCGUGAAAAAGAAACUGUAAGUACAGCAAGUAGUGUGCCACAGCAAAAAUCUUUAUUUAGAAGCAAGAGAAGAAGUUUAUUUUGCGAUAAAGAUGUUCAACUGCUACGUCAAAAGUGCUCGUAUAUUAUUGCUAAUGGUCCUUUAACGAAACAAGGUGUCACUAAGGCGUUGGAAGGGGAAGAUAUACUAAAAAAUUUACUUUUGUACAAAUUCGUACUCGUUUGCACUACGAAAGAAAACAACUAUGAACACAUCUGUUCCAUGAACUUAUGCCAGUCAUUAAAACGAAUAACUCUUCGUUAAAAUUAUUAAACAUGUUAAUGUUCUGCUUUUGUUUCUUUACUAAUUGUUCUUAUAAUUGAUGUUGCAUGUUAUCCCAGAGGCAGCACUGCUAACACGCACGAUACUGUACUUUCCUAACUUUGACGACGAUUAUAAUACUGAGUUAAUUUUUGACAACUAGUUUUAAUUAAUGAAACUAAGUUUUGCUAAGCUGACAUUUUCUGUAAAUACAACCUUGAUUAGACAAAAUGUGUUUUCUUGCUUAAUUUCAUUUUGUGUAUAUAACGCUUGAUGCACUGCUUUCUAAAGUUUAUAUUUUGUUUAUGAGCUGUAAAGGCAUUGGUCUUCUCUACUACAUCCUAUGUAUGAUUCUGUUUUAGCAAACUUGAAUCUUCUUGUUAUUACACCCUCUACUUUCGUAAUUUGUAUAAGCACGUGUUUUACGAACUCGUUUAAAAGUUAGAAUUCAAUUUAAAGUUUUCAGAGCAUGCUUCAUAGCAUUAUUAUUGUACUUUUAACCACACGUUUUUAAAGAAAAAAUUAGCUUUAAUGUAGACUGAAAUAUCUCUUGUUUGUAUAUAGUGGAAAAUUUUGUGUAUAAUGUAAAUAUAAAUUGAGAUAUGGAUCAGGGACACGUAAACUACUACCUACACUUUAUUGGACUUGUCUACUACUUUUCCGACAUGCAUACCUGAACUAUUAAACUAUUUAUUAAAGUAAUGGUUGCUGAAAAUAUCGACAUUGCUGUUGCUGAAAGUAUCAUAGGUGAAGUCAUUGGUCAAGAAGCCUUUUCUUCGACGAAUAAAAUUUUAGCAAAAAGUAUUUGUAUAUGAUAUUAGUAAAUUGGUUUGGCCUUGUUCGUUUCGGUUGAUAUUCUUAACAGUAUCGAAAAUUUAAAAAGUCUGGCGCUCACCAUAGGCAAACUGGUGGUCUCUUAGGCCGUCGCUUGAGCUG